UAAUGUCUUUAUAAUAGGAUAUGACUGAUAUUACAGAUAAUGGGUUAUCUACAAAUAGAGUAGAAUUAGUCAAAUACCCAAUUUUAAAUCCUGUGAUUCCUCCAGCAUAAUAUGUGCAAAUGAAUGAUGUUAAAGAAGCUAUCACAAUUGUUAAAUAAGAGCCAGAGACAUCAAGAGAGAACUUUCUUGUAGAAUACUAUAAGAAAAUCUUAAGAUAACACUUAACUAUCUUAGGAUUGUUCCUAUUUGGUUUGAUGGAGUGGUUUGCAAACAUUGUAGUGGAUUUUGGAUAUUAUGAUAAUAGUUUCAGAUGGACCUUCUAUUUCUUUGUUACAACAUUAAUCAUAAUAGCUUUGGGAUUGCCAAUAACAAGAUCAAUAAGAGCAGUAGUAAGAUAAUCAAUCAAAUAUUUUUUAGGUAUAACAUUAGAAUGCUAUAUUCCAUAUAUAAACAAUCUUAAUAGGAUUUGUACUUAUAGGAAUUGCAAAUUAAUGUUCAGGUAGACAUUCAACAGCAACAAUUUGGUGGAUCAUAAUAACAUUACUUAUCCUCAUUUCUCAUAGUAUUGCUCAAUUUAUGCUUGUUAAACACAACAUAACACAUUAUUAUACAAUGUUUAUGAAAUUUGCUAUUAUGGGUUCAAUCACACUUAAUUUUAUUGUUGGAUUAUGUGCAUCAUCAUUAGAUAGUUCAUUUCCUAUUGCAGAAGCUAUAAUUAUCUAUUCCAUCUAUUAUUUCAAUCAAUUGAAUGAGCAUUUACUCAAAAAUCCUAAUGAAUUACCAGAAGAUGUUUCAAUUGUACAAAGAAUAUAAAUAAUUAAUAAAAUUUAAGCACUUUUCAAUUAGGAAGCUUAAUCAAAUUAAGUAAUUGAAUAAAUUAAAGAUACUCAUUGUGUUAUCAAUAGAUAUAUUGCUAUAGUCAUAUCAAGUAGUAUUGCAUACAUAAUAAUAUUGAUUCUAAGCAUUGUCACUGGAAAUGCAUUAUUCAUAGUUAUUGUAGUUGUUGUAUCAGUAUCACUCUUAAGUGUUGUACUCAAUACUUAAGUAGCUUCAAGAGUAUUAUAUACUAAUAUUUAUCAUUUUUAGACUCUCCAAUAAGAGGAUGUAGUUUUUGCAGUUUGUUUGACCUAUUUGGAUCUAGCCAGUCCACUCAAGAAUAUUUUGAGAGGAAUCUUAUCCAAAUGA